AUGAAAGAAACACGUCAACUACAGGCAAGAAUCGAUGAACUGGUUGGACAGCUCAAUCAAGCCAACGAGGAAAAGUCGGAAAUUCAUCAAAAAAAUCAGGAGCUUCAAAAAGCGCUGGAUGAUUUACGCAACGCACUGGCGGAUAAGGAAUCCCAGUAUGAAGUACUAGCGAAGCAGAAGGACGAUGCGGAGUGGAGUCUCGGAGAAUGCAAGCAGUGGCUGCUCGAUUCCCAGAAAAGGCUACCCGAUAAGGAAGGCGCCGAGGACGAGCAACGUUUAGCUGAACUCGGAGUAAAAGUCGGCGAGUAUGAGCAUCAGAUUGAGUUGGUUUCAUUUCAUAAUUUGCCUCGAAAAUUUAUAAGAGACUAUACUACUUAA